AUGCGCCUACCACCCAUACAAGAAUUGGACGUGUUCGACGAUGGUCCUCCACUAUAUCGUCAAAAUCUAGCAAAAAAUACAACGGGUACUAAGCCACUCUUAGUGCGCUACCUGAUAUCAGAUUCUGGCAUAACAGAUCUGAUGCCUAUGGUUGGCGGAUAUGCAAUUACCAACCAUACAGGAAUAGGGCGCCUUCAAAGAAGUCUAUGGUUGGGUACGCGGUUAAGAUUUGGGCGUCUUGAUGAUGGUCUCCAUCAUCAAAACCAUUGUUAA